UCACGUGACCAAUGUGAUGGCGGGCUUCUGCCUCGUGUGUGUUAUGUGGAAAUUCAAUUUUUAGACGCUUUGAUAGAGUUCAAAGUACUCUUUAAAAGUACUUUCUCAAAACAAAAUCCAAUCUGAGAUCUUUCGACUCGAGGAAGAAGGCAUGUCGUUUGAACAAGUAGACAGCGGAGACCUUGCUUCGUUUGCAGCAAUAGCAGAAUCGACGUUAGCAAACAAGGAAGGAGAAACUAAUCCACCACAAGAAGAACAAGAAGCUGAAAAAGAAAAGUCAGAUAAAAGUUCUGCAAAAGAACCAGAGAAUGAACAGACAAAUAUUGAGCAACAACAAACCACACAAGAUGAUACUGCUGAUACUACAGAAGAAACCAGCCAGGAGUAUACACCUGAGGAAGCCAGUCAGGGAGCUGAACAGGCUGCUGUAUCUACUUCCACAGCAGAAGUAACCCAGGAGGUAGCCUCAUCAGAAUCACAUCUACCAGAUGGACAGCAAGAGAGUACAUAUGCUAAUCUUCAGCCAAUCUUCUUAGCCAUGGAGAUGGGGCAGACAUCACAACAUGAAGGGCAGCCUACUACAACUGCUGAUAUAUCACAACAAACCCAAACACUUCAAGUAUCACAAGCCAUCACUGAGCAAGGAAAUCAGUUGCCUUUCUCACAACCAUCUAGUGUGCUUCUCAAUAGCCUUACAACCUCGGUUGCCGAAGGAAGCACCUCAGUUUCCUUGCAGUCCAUCCUUCAAGAUGUUGUCUCUGGUAUCCCUACAACCUCGGGAACGGUACCUGCUGCUAUCAUUACAGAUCCAUCCUCUAGCACUGGUUCAUAUUUAAUUGUCAAUCAAAAUGGAAUUCCUAUUGUGAGGCCAGUACUGGUAUCCAACAUGCCAGAAAAUGGUAUGAGUGGUUCAGAAACUCUGCAGGUGUUGGCCACUGGUAUACAUGGUAUGGAAGGAGGAGACAGUCAAGAGCCUGUUACUGUUGAGGUGUCAGCAAAUACAGAUGGUAGUUCUGCUGCAUCAGGUAUUGGAGAUGUUGAUCCCGAUUCCAGCAUGGGUAUGUCAAGCGAAGAGAUGAGCAUGAGAGUACAACACCACAGUGGAAGUGGAGAUGAAGAAUCUACUCCAUCUAGGUUAACAGGAGGCAAGAGGAAGCUCAGUGAUGGUCCUCGUGUCUGUGAGGAGUGUAACAAGUCUUUCAAGUACCCAUCAGACUUGAAAAAACACUUGCAGAUCCACACCAAUGUGAAGAAGUUCAAGUGUGAUGAUUGUGGUCGUUUAUUCCGCCGUCUUCACCAGCUCAACGUGCACAUGCGUAUCCAUACAGGAGAGAAGCCAUACGUCUGCAGCAGAUGUAAUGUUGCAUUCCGCCAUGAUUCCACCCUGACUAUGCACAUACGAACCCGCCAUGACCAUCUCAGACCCUUCAAGUGUGAUGAAUGUGGGAACACAUUUGGUCGACUCUCCCAUCUUCGCAAACACGUACGCAAAGUCUGUGGAAACAGAAUGAACAAGGAUCGACCCAUUGCGCAGUGCCGCUUCUGUGAGGAGAACUUCCCUACCAAGGGUGAUCUAAGAAAACAUGUGCUGACAUGCGAGAGAAAAGAAGCCAAAGUAAAAGCUAAGGAAGUGACGUUACAUGUGUGUGACCAGUGCAGCAAGGAUUUUGCCAGCCCGUAUAACCUUAGAAGGCAUCAGCUGACCCACACCGACGAGAAACCUUUCCAAUGUGAAGUCUGUGCCAGGCAAUUCAAAGAGAAGUCCUCUCUUUCCAAGCAUAUGAAACGCAAACACACGGGUGUUGAUCAAGGAAGCCAGACUGAUGAGACCGGGGAGACUGAGUACAACAGUGUGGACGUGAUUGCUGAGUCAGCAGCAGCUAGCGGUGUUCCCAUCGAUAGUGAUGAUGAUCAAGUUGAGUCAAUGAAUGUGACCGAAGUGGCUUCAUCAACGGUUGAUGCUAGUACUCUGAUUACUGAUCCAUCAGAAGCAGUUAGAGUACAAGGACAAGAGGAUGUGGAGAUGACUACUAUUGAGCUUAGCUUACCCCCUGGUGCUGAAUCCCAUGAAGCCACGGCUUUACAGGCAGCCGUAGAGGCUUUAGUUUCAGCCAGUCAGCAACAGAUGUCUAUGGAACACAGCAUAGUAGUGCCAGCUGACCCGUCAGCUGGUAAGGAGAUCUACAGUAAUGUAGCCGAUGUACAAGAUAACCAAGAUGUCGGUAUGGUGGACUCGACGACUGAGCUAGUAACAACAGAGGUGAAGGCAACCACACCAGAAGAUAACCAAGUAGAAUAUGUUGAAGCUAAUGAAGCACCUGAAACAGAAGCAUGAUCACAAGAGGUUUUGCUGACUAGUAAUAUAGUGUUCUUACUUUGAAUAAUCCUGACAAACAAAGCUAGCUAAAGCUGUCCGUGACUGGCAUUAUUUAGCCGGCUGUUUUAUUAAUAGGUGUGUUGAAUACUCGUUACAUUCUUACCUGUGUCAUURGUUUGUCCAUACAUACACUUGAUCAUAUUGACCGGUAGUACAGGUUUUUGCCACUGACUAACAGUCAAUGUAGGACUGUGCAUUCAGCAUUCUGAAUUGAAUGAGUACAACCUGUAGCUAUGACUCACUGUGUUGACAGUUAGCGCAUUAUCUAAUUUACGCACAUAAAAAGUCUGAGCUAGCUAUUCUAAGCCAUCACUAUUCUAUCCAUGCAAUUGCUUCAUCAGCGCAUGUUAUAUUCAGAAAGGCAAUCAUUUCAGUCUAAUGGCCACUGCCAGAAGGUGUCCAUGUAGAUAGUCGUGUAUAUAUUUUAAGUAAUUCAUGUAGUUAGCUUUUCAACUAUCUCUUUCUCAGAACCGCGGUGUGAGCGAUAUUUCGUAAUGAAUCUGAUUUUUAUUAGUUAAAGCUUAAAAGCGAACGAACAUAGGAAUUACGUUAAUUUGUGUGUCAUUGAGUACGAAAACAGGGUCCUAGCYCUAUUGCUGGUAAAUAAUCAUUAUUCAAUUACCUUAUUGACGUUUCGAUCGUAAAUGCAUGCAUGCUGUUAUUCAUUGCAUUAGCAGUAAGACAUGCUAUGUGCUUGAUUAUCUACUGUUUGCAUCAGUGUAUUGAUCACAUGGCGCAUAAUAGAGUAGCACAGUAAUGUCUGUCUAAUCUUAAGAUUGUUGUGUAUCACCUAGUAUCACCUAGCUUUAGAUUACUGGCCUCUUGCGUCAGUUUGUACAUCAUAAGUUAUCAGUCAGUUCAUUGAACACUUGAUCCAGAAAUAUAGAGAUCAAGAUGAAAUAAAGGAACAGAAAAAACUUUUAACAGUAUUUUAGAUGUAGAGUGGAUUAACAUUAUUGGCCUGUAAGUAGCAAUCGAUUUAAGACAUACAGGCACUGAUUAGGCACUGUCGUUUACUGAAUGUAUGAGAUCUGGUAUGAUUUUUGACAGUUUGUUAACUAUAAGAACCACUAUAAGAUGUAAUGUAAUUUUUUAGCUAGUAAACUAAUGAAAGUACCGAA